AUGACUGACAGCCAACCAACGUCAGAGCCUCCGAAAAAUACGUCGUCAUGCGGCAACCCAAUAGAUCAUAUGGGUACAGACGUCACUGGUAUAAUAGGAGGCGGAGGCUCGCAGGACGAUGCAUCGAGACUUGUUCCUGAACCGCUAUUAUCGGAUGCGUCUCUGCCAAACCAGGAAAUGCAUGCCUUAUCAUUUGGUUCGCUUUUGCAUGUUGAUACCCAAGACCCUUACCCCACCAGUCGCUUCCUUCAAGCCAUUCGAUCAAGGAAACGACGAGAAAGUAUCGGUGAAGUGUCGCCUCAGCAUCGUCAACCUGCUUCGAUAGCCGCCGUCGCCCCUCGUUUAACCAAAUCGUCCACCCAAACCACCUCCGCCAAACGACGCCCCCUCUCCCAUACCAAGCUCGCCAUGCUGCAGCAACAGGACCCCAUCGCUCGCAAAGUCCACUGCGAUCCCCACAUUGAUCCAUUUGAAAUCUUGCGAAUGAAGCUCACAGAGAUCACGCGAUCGAUGCAAGAGUUUCAUGUCCAGGAAUUAUUUCGCGAUGAACUGGCAGCGAGACGGCAACCGCACGCGCCACCUUCUUCCUCCGCCCAUUGGUCCCGACGACUUUCUUUAUCUGUCAGUCCGCCGAGAUCGAAUCUAUCAAGCCAUUUUCUGCACCAACCAGCAUCAUCCCAAGGUGUGGAUUCAACCACACCUCGUUCGCCUUCCGCCGUGGUGCGCACACCAACGGGUGGGGCCAAUAUUGUGAAACCAGUCAAUGUAGAACAAGAGGACGAGCUGAACAUGGUGCGACCAACAAGUGGGACCGUUUAUAAUACGAAUAGAGAAGAGAGCAGUGCUUAUGCAGACGAAUACGACUACGACGAUGUGGAUGGGCUUGGUACCGGCAGCAGUCUACCGACGAGUCCCAACUUGACAGCGUUGUUUAUAACAACCAACAAUCUAAUCCAUUCACGGCUGGAUGAAUUGUCUGAAACAGCAUCCAUCGCCUCAUCGUGCGAACUGAAUUCAUCGGCCGCUGAAUGGCGUUCUCAAUUUCUUAACCUCACCACCACGUGUAUCAACCAUUCGGAAGAACUGGAGUCCUUUUCGACCGAAUUAUUGGGUACUGAACUACGAGUGCGCGAAUUGCUGGUGCAAACCGAUACAGUGUUAGAACAAUUUCAGGAACGCAUGAAAGCGUACGAGGAACGAAUUCGAGAAUGUGAAGAUGUCGCCAAGGAGCAAAUGUUUCUGAUCGAAUCACUGCAAGAAUUAACCGCUGACGUUGACAUGAAAAUGGAAAAUCUGCGUCGAUCCAGUUCAAAUGCAAAUUUUAAAGAUACCAGCGCGAGAGAUCAUGAGACGAGGGACACUGACCGAUGGGAUUUCCAGAAAUCCGUGGCCGACAUUUUACGUUUGGAAGAAAAAGACGAUUUCCUCCAAAAGAUGCGCUGGGAAGUAGGCAUGUUUGUUGGAGGAGGCGUCGGUACUGGCCAUGUCAUCCACUCUUUCGAAGAUGAAUUACACGGUAUCGAUAUGAUGAUUGCCGGUUCAGGAGCCACUUCAGUAGAUAGAUACCAACAAUACCACGAUCGAGAAAACGAAAUGUCUAUAUCACAGUCUUAUUCAAUUUCUCCCCGAAUCCAACAUUUCGGAUUUAAACGCCACUACUAUGUGCUUUACAUUGAUGCCGAAGACCGCCAAUCUCGAUUCGUAAAGCUUCCCAAAGGGAAAUGGGUACCAGAUGAAUUAGUGGACCAGUGCCAACAUGAUUACAGCGGAAGCGGCCAAGGCCGAUGUCCGACACGAUUCUCAUUUUUCCAGCGAAAACAUCAUUGUCGAAAGCAAGUGUUCACAGACAGUCGUGACAUUGGGAAUUAG